UCAACGUCUGUUCCCGAGAGCACCGAAAGAAAAGCAAGGGACACUUUUAUGUUUAACCUAUUCCUUUUUACACCAAGUCUACCAAGAAUGGGAAUCUACUGCCUUUCUUUACAUCUGGGAGUUUACUGAUGCACCUGUUGAUUGAGGAAGACUCGGCGCGUUUAAGAAUGAACAAAGUUGCUGUGAUGAAGUCUGAGCUUCACUUGGACGACGGCAGGAGAGCAGAGGAGAGGAACAGACUGAACUGUGCAGACGUACCUCAGACAAGUUUAGCAGAAGGACAGAGCGCGGACCUGCUGCGAUGCCAAGAGUCCGCAGAACACAACUCUGCCAUGAAGUACAGAAGAUAUGGGUCCCGUCUGACUGGCGUAAAAGUUCGUCACAAAAGACAGGUGUUGCAGGACAUGGCCCGGCCCCUGAAACACUGGUUAUACAAACACCGGGACAACCCCUACCCGACUAAGACCGAGAAGGUCCUACUCGCUUUGGGCUCGCACAUGACACUAGUACAGGUUUCCAACUGGUUUGCAAACGCCCGACGAAGGCUGAAGAACACAGUGAGGCAGCCAGACCUGAGCUGGGCCCUGAGGAUCAAACUAUACAAUAAAUAUAUCCAGGGAAACGCGGAGAGGCUGAGCAUGUGCAGUGAUGACACUGACUCAGAGGAUGAAGAAUGUCCCUUACAGACUCCCAUCAGCCAGUCAAACUUCAGCAGGUCAUCAUCCCACAAGAGCGUGCUGGAGAAACAAGGCAACAUGCUCACCAUGGCUGACUGCGCCAACAGUGAUGACAGCACGUCCCCUCCUUCCAAGUACAAGAGCAGUUUACUGAAUCGCUACCUGAACGACACCCUGCGGCACAUGAUGGUGGCGAAGGCCGAUGGCGUUGCGCCAGCCUGCAAGAGAAGAAGCCACUCCGAGUCGUUCAGUUCAAACGAAUGUGAUGGAGAUGUCGUCUCGCCUGCAUCGUCCUAUGAAACAGAGACCAACUUUGUCUACCAUAUGGAUACAAGCGACUACAAUUCAACUAAAUGUGACAGGGACCAGCAGCCACUCAGAGGCCAGCAGAGACAAGAUGACCAAGGCUGGAGGGAGAUCCACGCUGCUGUGGCUCUGACAAGCUUGGCCCAGGGGCAGAGCUGCACUGCAGACCAGAGCAGUGCUCCAGUGUCCAGCGCUGCUACAGGGCAGAGCUACACCCGAGGGCCUCUCUCUGUAGCAAAGACCACUAUCACAGACGAGAUGAGCAACACAGGAUCUGCCUCAGGUCUACAGCAGAGCUGUGCCACCGGGCCCGCUCUCACCAACCGCAUCAUCCAGAAAUCCUCUCAUAUCUCUGAGGUCCAGACUGUCAAAGUCUCACUGGCAAACAGUGUGUAGGCAUUAAACAUGUUGUUUCAUACAGGAAAACC